AUUGUAAAUUGUUUGGACUUGAAAAUGAAAAAAUUUUCCUUGCUUAUGUUGAUGUUUAGUUGAAUUUGAUUGUAUUAUCAUGGAUAAAAGUCAGAGUGAAUUAACUGAUAAAAUCAGAUCUGCGAUAAAGAAAAAACUGACUGAAAUAAAUGCUUUCGUUGAUGAUGAACUUCCAGAGUAUAUAAUGAUUCUAGUUGCUAACAAACGUAGCAAAGCUCAUAUUGAAAAAGAUUUGUCUCUUUUUCUUGGCAGUGAUACUGUAGAUUUCACUAAUUGGCUGUGGGACUUGCUAAAUAGUUUGUCUGGAUCUAAAGGAAAUUCUGUUUCCGGGAGCAAAAGGCAUGAAGAAGAUUCUAAUACAAAAUAUGUGGAUGAAGACGCAGAUGUAUUAGAUUAUGAUCCUGCCGAACAAGAAGGCGAUUUUCUUUGCCAAGAAGAUACGAAUGAAAGUCUUAUUAGUCAUUCUUCAGCUAGGCAAGAUCAGUCGAAGUCGAUGAAAGUUUCUGAAGCACCUUCUAAAGCGAAAGAUCUACUUCCCGUACAUCUUAAAACGAAAGAAAAGGUGAUUGAAUCUUUAAACCCGGUAGAAAAAAAAGCUGCGAAAGUUCACCCUCUGCAACCUACUGCUAUAAUAUCUCCUUAUUCUUCAGUAGCACCUAUUAAGAAAAGAAGUGAAGUUGAUUCUACGGAUGAGUAUGACCCAACCAAACCAGACUAUGUUGGAAGCAUGCCUAGUGUAGUGUGUGUUACUCAGAGAAAAUAUGGUGGUAGUGCUGCUCUUCAGGCAAAUAAAUUAUUGUUAAGAGCUGUGGAUGAUGCUACAAAAUCGGUGUUAGAUGGUAAAAGUCUGAAUGAUUACUAUAAGCCUACUCCUAUAAAAGUUUUGGCUUCUAAACAAAAGGAAGAAACUGUAAGUUCUGAUUCCCAUGAUAUUUUUAAUGUUACUUUUGAUGGCAGUAUUUUAAAAUCAAAAGUCUGUGCAAAAAAUUCCAAAUAUAUAGAUUUUGAUGAUGAUAGUAAUUUUUCAUCUUUGGACAUUGUAAUGGAUGAUAACUUUGGUGCAUUACAGCCAUCAUGUAAUCGUACAAUUCAUUUAAAAGAAGCAAAUGAUAUUUCUUCUGAGUCUUGUUUUGAUAACAUGGAGGUUAUUUCAUCAAAUGAUUAUUCUGUACGCAAUGAUGAGGAGGAACAAAGCUCUAAGUCACCUCAUUUUAUUGUAACUUUAGAUGGUGUAAAUUUAAAAUCUCUCAAAAGGAAAAGACACGAAAUUUGUAGCUCAGAAGAGGAGGAAGAAAAUGAAAUUAUUCAAGAGAAAGAACUGACUGACCUUAUACCUCCCAAAAAGCAAAAAUUGAAUGAGAGGUGCAAAUUCUGGCCUGCUUGUAAAAAUAGUGAUCAAUGUACAUAUCAUCAUCCAACUUUACCGUGCAAAUGCUUCCCUAAUUGUAAAUUUGGUGAUAAAUGUAUGUAUAUUCAUCCAAACUGUAAAUUUGAUGCUUUGUGUAGUAGGAAGGAUUGCCCAUAUACUCAUGUAAGCAAGCGCAAACUACCACUUGCUGUAAUUCCCAUUAUUAGGCCUGUGAAGAAUCGAAGUAUCAAAACAGUGUGCAAAUUUUAUCCAAGAUGUACAGCAAAAAAAUGUCCAUUUAUUCAUCCAAAAUUAUGCCGUUUUGGUACUUUAUGUAGGUCUCCACAGUGCCCUUACACUCAUGUUAAUGUACCUUCACGUAAUCAGAUGAAAUGGCAAGCAAAUAUUUGAUAAACUUUUGAAGCCCUUCAUAUCUUGUUUCAUUUAGUUUAUUAUUUAGUAACAUGCAGUUAGUUAUGCAGUGUUUCAUAUGAAUUACAAAUAUGGUUUCUGAAUUAUAUGUAUGUAUUUAUUACUUGAUCAAAUAAUACAAUCUUUUUAAUUGCAAAA